AUGCCGCGUAUUGCAGGUGCGGGUGAGCCUGCAGCGCCUGACCCUACUACUCCUUUGCUAGGGAGAGCCUGGCCAGAUCCUGAGGGACCGACAUACGAGGCAUUCGGGCCCUGUAGAGAUGUUGAAGGUAGCCAGGGCGAACCGGAGCAUCUACCUGAGAAGUGGAACGAUCCCCCCAUCAAUGUAGCACGGAUUCUUGCCGCCUUCCUCAGCUUCAUCGUGGUCGGCGCAAACGAUGGAAUAUAUGGCGCAUUGGUUCAUUAUCUCGGGGAAUACUACGAAGUUAACUAUGCUCAUGUUUCGGCGGUGUUUCUUUCCCCCUGCGUUGGAUAUGCCACCGCAGCUCUAGUAAGCAACUGGAUCCAUGUGCAUUUUGGACGGCGCGGAAUUGCACUUCUGGGCCCUGCGUUCCACGUCAUUGCCUACGGCACCUCAUCCCUGCACCCAUCCUUCGGAGUCCUGGUCUUCGUCUUCGUCCUAGCAGGACUAGGAAGCGGUCUCCUGGAUGCAGGCUGGAACGCCUGGAUCGGAAGCAUGCAAGAUAGCAGCAAGCCAAUGGGUAUUCUCCACGGCUUCUACGGCCUCGGCGCAGCGCUGGCCCCCUUAAUCGCCACAUCCCUAAUAACCAAAAGCGGCUGGACCUGGUACGAAGUCUACUGUAUCAUGGCCGCAGCAGCAGUGAUCGAGCUCGUAGGCCUAACCGCGGUAUUCUGGUCCGCCCGGGGGUUCACUCACGGAACACCCCCCAACCACGAUACGGGCGACAAAGACCACUCCGGAUACUUCAAACUCGACUCCCUACGCAACAGCCCCACAAUCCAAUCCCUCCAAUCAUCCUUCACAUGGAUCAUCAGCCUCUUCAUCUUUCUCUAUGCCGGCGUCGAAAUCUCCUUCGGCGGCUGGAUCUUCACCUUCCUCGUCAAUCGCCGAAACGCAACCACCUAUACCGCUGGCAUGGUCGUCGGCCUCUACUGGGCCGGUCUCACCAUAGGCCGCGUGAUCCUGGGUUUCGUGACUUCACGUCAGAAGUCCGGUAAAGCGAUGGUGACGAUCUACUUGCUUGCUUGUCUCGCUUCUCACGGGCUUUUCUGCCUCGUUACUGACCUUGCUGUUUCGGUUAGUGCCGUUGUAUCCCUGGGGUUCUUCCUGGGUCCGUUGUUCCCUGAGGCGGUUAUUGAAUUGGCGAGGCUGCUACCUAAGCAUUUGCAUGUUGCGGGAGUUGGGAUUGCGUGUACGUUGGGCAGUGCCGGUGGGUGUGUGUUCCCGUUUGUGAUGGGGAGUUUGGCGGAAAUUGUGGGGAUUCAAGUCUUGCAGCCUAUGGCUUUUGGGAUGCUUGUUCUUUGCUUGGUUAUUUGGCUUGUUUUGCCAGGUCGGGCGAGGUAGGGUCGCU